CUAAAAUUUCGAGUUAUGUGUUGAAUUUAAAGCAUGGGUCAUUUUGGACCCCCUGGCUCGCCGAGCGCGGUCUAUGGCUUUCCCCUGCCUCGCUUUGUGCCUCGCUCGGCGAGCUCCCUUGUCCAUUUUACACUUAGACAAAAAAAUUUGACUUUGUCCCACUUUUGGACCCCUACCUCGCUGAGCGCGGUCCAAGGCGAGCCCUUUCCUCGCUUUGGGCCUCGCUCGGCGAGCUCCCUGUCAAUUUUACACCAAGUCGAUAGCAUUUAGUAAAAUGGGCAUAACUCCUAGCACAGAGCUCCGUUCAGGCUUCACAAUAUACCGUUGGAAAGCUAUUUCAAAGGGCUACAACUUUCAUGUUUUACAUUUUCUCAAAUUAUCAACGGAUCUUCCGGAAAUUGGACUGGAAGGAAGACGUAUCGAAAAUUUAGUCGAUUCUACUGAAUCUGAAGAACCUCUCUAUUAGCCAUAUUGAGAAGAUCAUAUCUCCUUGGUCCAAACACCAAUUGACCUGGUACUUAUAUGCCUGGAAAGUUAUUUCUAUGCACUAUAACUUUCAUUAAGGAACCUUUUACAAAUUCUCAAUGAAUCAAGGGGUUAUGGGUGCCCGUACAAACUUUCAAAUUUCCUCUGAAACUCUUACGAUAUGAUUCUAACCUUUAUUUUAAGAUACCGGGUGUUACAGUUGUUGAUUUUGCAUCGAUUAUUUAAGGAGUAUGUGAAAUCUCCAGCAGCUAAUAGCGCAUUGGUGGAAAAUAUUGUUGAUGGAUGUGAUAGUGAAGUAAGAGAUGUAAUGGAUGAGUAUGACUUGUUUGAGAGACAGUCAGAAUCUAAUUCGGAAAAAACACAAUUAGAUUUAUAUUUGGAGGAGCCUGUACUUGUCCGAAAGGGAAAUGAAAAUCUAGAUGUACUUAAAUUUUGGAAAGAUAACAUGAUUAGAUACCCUGAGCUAUCAAUGAUGGCACGAGAUGUUUUAAGUAUACCUAUUAGUACUGUUGUGUCUGAAUCAACGUUCAGUAUCGGAGGACGAGUAAUUGGGAAAUAUGAAAGUUCAAUCUUACCAGAAAUUGCAGAAGCUAAGUUGUGUGCUCAAGAUUGGCUCUACGGAAAUGGAGUGGCUGAUGAUUCUGACGAAGAUGAUAUUGAAAUUGAUGUGGAGAAGAUUGUCGCUAGGUGCUGCUAACUACUAUGGCAUAGGUA